CCGGAUCACAAACACCAAAACCCAUUGCCCUCUUCAGAUUCUGCCUCAACGAUUCGGUUUACAACAGUUAUGCCAGGUUUGAUCUUUUGAAUUCCCUUCAUUAUUCUGUUCUUGCUAAAAAGAUGUUCACGGCUUGAUAAUGCAAAAGCGGAGUUACUUUUAUGGUUUAUUUGCGAAAAGGGUAUGCAAAAUUCUCACCUCUACUUUCUUCCAAUUGGGUAUAUUUCUCUUGUAUAGUAGUUUGCUGAAAAUAUCUUUGGAAUUGACUAGGAAGGUUGAAAUGGAAUAAAGAGUGGGGGUUUCUUGAUUAGUGAAAGUAAUUUGAGAGUGCUUAGGAAAAUACCCAGAUUGUUGUUGUUGAAUAUAUAAAGUGAAUUGUUGAUGGAGACUUCAGUUGAAGCCUGCCUAGUUUAUGUUUCUAACCUUGGGAAACAAAGAUUCUUUAUGUGAUUGGAUGCCUGGUAAUAAAAAUUUGGCAGAUGCCUUCUAGAUGUGAUGAUACUUUUCUUCUGAGUGGAUGCAAAGUGGCUGAGGGCUCAUGCCCUCCGUUACCAAGAUCUGGUUCUCAACUGUCAUCUGUGAGUUUUCUGUCCGAAAUCCCUGUCCCUGUUUUUGUUUUCAGUAGGAGGAAGAAACGACAAGGCAGCAUUGACAAUGGUAGUGCUUCUGUUGCCAACUGUUGUGCAGAGGCCCUAGUGAAUUCAAAUAGAAGUGGGGAUUGCCUCUCUGUUGUCAGUUCGGGUGCUCUUUCAGUGGCAACAUUGGAGCGAAAUGGAGUUUCUCAUGUUGAAUAUAGAAAUGUAGCUGUGGGAGAUACUGUGAUGCCUCUUGUAUGCAAUAGAGAACCUCUCAGUUUAAAAUAUGAAUUUGCUAAUGGAUGUUCGGGUUUGAAUGACCAUAGUUUUGAUGAUGUACAUAAAACCGUUAUGCAGAAAACUAUAGAUGUUGACAGUAUAAAUGAUAGCUGUUCAUCGUCAAAGUCAACUCUGAAUCUUUUACUUGCUUCUACGAAAGGUGAGGUGGAUGAAAAUGCUGAGUGCACUUCCUCUAGUAUAAUAGCUGCCGAAGUUGUGAGGGUAGAUCUAUUUGAGAAAGGUAAGUGGCUCCCUGUACUUCAGAAGAAGAAUGUUGAGGAAGUUGGGAUAUAUAGGGCUUGUGCUAAUGAGGAAAUUUUGAAUAGAAGUGGUAGUAGGUGUUCCAGGUUAUGCAAUAUUUGUGGCCGUUCAGGAACAGCACAAAAGAUGCUAAUCUGUGACAGUUGUGAAGAGGCAUUUCAUAUGCGUUGCUGCAAUCCCAAGGUAAAGAAAAUACCUGUUGAUGAGUGGUAUUGUAUUUUGUGUAUGAAAAAGAAGCGGAUAAUGCUCAAGGAGAUAAUUGCAAGAAGGCCUUUUAGUAUCACUGGUGGAAUGGGUAGAGACAGAGAUGUAUCAACUAAAUGGGAAGUCAGUCCAAUAGAAUUAAUGUUGGGAGAUGCUGAGCCUUAUAGAAUUAGUGUCCGAAUUGGAAAAGGUUUUCAAGCAGAACUUCCUGAAUGUUCUGGUCCAAUUGAUAAUGAUGUUGAUACCAUUGGUGAACCACUAAACUUGGAUAUUUCAGAAUUUACUGAUUUACAUGAAAUGAAUUGCAACAAGUCAUCUAAAGUAAGCUCAAUAGGGAACUGGCUUCAAUGCAGAGACUUCAUAGAAGCUGUAGGAGGCAGUAAAGGAACCAUCUGCGGAAAGUGGCACAGGGCUCCGCUUUUUGAAGUCCAAACCAAUGAUUGGGAGUGCUUCUGCUCUGUGCAUUGGGAUCCAUCCCAUGCAGAUUGUUCUGUACCUCAGGAGCUUGAAACUGAUCAAAUUUUGAAGCAACUCAAGUAUAUUGAGCUGUUGAGGCCUCGACUAUCAGCUAAACGGAGGAUCUGCACUUCUAUGAAACGGCAAGGAUGAAAUGAGAAAUGCACAACAUUAUGUUGCUUUGGAGGGUUACAUUUGUACGGAUUCUGUACAUCAAACCUUCACAAGAUCUUGUACAUUAAGAGUCAUUACAAAACCAAUGAUCUCAGUUUUGGAAUUAGAUAAAUCUUCCCUUAGCAGUUAAACCCACUUCCUAUUGUAUUGUAUUGGAGAGAAUCAUCAAUCAAGAGUAGUGUUUUGAAUUGUCUUCAUUCUUCAAAUU